UCACCGCAACAUAGCCCCCAAAUUCUCUGUCCACAAAUCUCAUCUCUCUCUCUCUCCCCCAACAUCACUUACCCCCCUCUCCGCCCUCCCUCUCUCUCUCUCUGUGUACCCACCCACACGAAUACGCGAUUGUUCAUAUACAUAUUCUAACGACCUAAAUAAGUACAUGGCCGAGGCAGCGAUGAGGAGUUCAGGCAACCUCCGCCAGCCGAGCCGGUUACAGCGGCGGGCGCCGGCGUCGAUACAGAUCAGCCCGGCAACGGACUGGAAGGCCGCGAUACCCCUCUUAUCGCCGUUGAUCACGUCGCCGACGUCGGACGAUCUGGCGGCCGAGAUCCAGUCUUGUGGUAAUAGCAACAACAACAACAAAAACCAUCAUAAUGAGGCGGAGAAGCCGACGGCGUUCAAGAAGUGGCAGCACCCGGCGGCGCCGUUCUCCUACGAGCCGGCGCCGUUUGUGCCCUUAUUUUGUACAGGAGGGGCCGUAAAGAGGAAGUAGUAGUGGAGUGCUAGAAUUUUACAUCUAACGGUGUACUUUUUGCUUUUUCGAUUUUCUUUUCGUUUUUUUUUUUGGAAGGGUUUGUGUAAACACAUUUGCAAUAAUGUGCUUUAUAAUCUUGAAUCAGGCUUCUCAGCAGUUCGAGAUAAAUCUCGACUGUUUAUAA